AUGAUGCAAGAAGCAAAGUACCCGGAAACCGUCCAGCAAAACUUUCUGGGCUUCUACCGCGACACGAUCUGCCCACUGCUGGGAGCUCGACCAAAUAGCAGCUCCAUCGGAAGUGGACUGUCUCGGGACGGCAAUCCAUUCGAGUACAGCUUCGAGCUGAAAGAUUCCGCUGCAGGCCAAACCGUUCGUUUCUGCGUCGACCUUUCCGAGCUGCGUCCCUCCAACAAGACCAACCCUCUCAGCAUCGAAGCGACGCAGAAAGUCGUAGAUGUUCUUCAAACAACAACACCCGGCUUCGACAACAAAUGGUACCGUCACCUCAGUCAAUGGUUCCUGCACCACCACCUCCCCGCCUCGCAGCAACAAGAUUUGAUCGCCAAAGCCGGGCAGCACACAUCACUGAUCCUAGGUUUCGACAUCCGCCCAAACCCUCAUGAGCUGGACAGCCUCCCCGCGCUCGCGAAAAUCUACUUCACGCCCUGCGUCGCCGCCGCAGCUAAGGGCAUCACGCGCUGGCAAGCCGUGCGCCAGGCAAUCCGACACCUGCCAGACGUCGGCGCGCACCCGAAUAUCUUGGCUUCGCUGGCCAAGAUCGAGGACUACCUCGCCGACAAGCCGCAGCAUUUCGAGCAUACUGCACGGUACCUGGCUACUGACUUUGUGGCGCCGGCGCAGUCGCGCUUGAAGAUCUACAUGCGCUUCCCCUCUGCUGACUUCGAUGCGAUUUGGGACUUCUACACGCUCGGCGGACGGAUUCCGGGGUUGGCUGAUGAUAAGCAAAAGCUGAGAGACCUUAUGCAGCUCAUAUCGGGUGGUGAAAACAGCGGCGCUGACAGGGAGAUGGAGAACCCGGAUAAGUACACCGCUGCGCGCAAGAAGGCGACGGUUUUGUACUUCUCGCUUUCUCCGCGAAGCCCCUUUCCGGGGCCGAAGGUGUAUUUUUGCCCUGCCAACACGGCAGCUAAUGACGCGGUAAUUGCGCGGGGCUUGGACGCUUGGCUGCGCAAGUACCAGUGGAGCGAUGGGGAUGUCUCGAUCCAGGACCGCAUCGAGAGUGUUUUGUAA